UUAUUUGCACACAUCACACACAAAUGUCUGCACGAUGACAGGUCGCAUACAUAAUUAGAGAAGAUCGGAUUUAUAUUUUUAUUGCACAUACAACUGCGGCUUUAAAUCUUCCAUAUCGAACUGUGGAAUUGUAUAAUAGAAUCGGUGUGACUUAGUGAAAUUUUCGUUGUUUCGGUGAACCGAUCCAGCGUAGUUUUGUGUUUAUUUUUGAGAUCUCUUUGUUGUCUUGGAUACACAAAUCCAAGACCCUUUUUUUCUCUCGUGUGGUGUAAUAUUACAACAGCACACAGUUCAUUGUUCUGUGUGUGAAUUUCUUUGCUCGCAACUUGUACAGUCUCUUGAAUCGAUUAGUGAAGAAGAAAAAAAAGUUGAUUAACCGACAUGACGACAUAAUUUUACGGUACUUAAAACCGAAGCAAUUGAGAAAACCAAGUUCUGGUGUAUGUACAUAGUCAACCACUUAUGACCGUUUUAGUGUUCUCAAUAUCGUCGUGCAAUAUUUUGGUGAACGAAAACAUUCGCAGUGCUUCUCAUAAAAAUCGUAUUGUUUCUCAAAUCUCCACGUAAAUGAAAACAUUGGUGGAGAGUCGGUUCUGCACUUAAACAACAUAUCGAUUUUCGUUAAUAAACAAAAUAUUUCUAAAGUAAACCCAACGACGACAAAAAUGUCCAAAGAUAACAAGAAUGUGAAUAAUCUCAUUAUGAAUAUACUGCCGGACAAUCGGCCUAUCACAUCGCUACAAAUUGUUGAAGAUUACGAAAAGUGCCCCAAAAACUUCAUUGCAAUACAUCGAACUUAUGACCAAGAUGCGGAUGCCGAUCUGUGGAGAAAGUACAUGAUAAUCGGCAAAAAAAGCGGUCGAUAUCUCUGUCUGUCGAAGAGUGAAGGAUUGCCGGACUAUGUUGUGGAGACAUUAAAAGUCAUUGGUGACCGAGAACUACCGCCCGAAGGAUUUUCACUACUUUCACGAACUGCCGACACCGAGCAAAAGGCUUGGCGGAAUCGACAAAUCGCGUACAAAUUAUCCAAACGCGGAUCUGUGACUCAGGCUGUAACCGAUGUUAUUCUGUGCUCAAAAUUGAAAUUGGCACCGGAAGGAUUUGUACUGGCCGGCGAGGUGAAUGGCAUUGUUGUUUGCUUCAAAUCCAGUCCAGUUAGCCAUCGACCGCCACCCAAUCCACCGACUCACACAUCAGAUUUAGAUAAUUCGCUGCACUACAUGAACAUAUCGACGAAGCCGUUGUAUCCAACUCCACCGGCGAAAAAUGUCCACGAUUACGAAGAAAUCCAAGCAUCAUACCGUCUACCAACGCCUGCCCGAAUUGCACCGAAGCCGCCAACAUUGCAUACACAACACUCACUUUCGGGAACACUUAGCGGUCACAGUGAAUUGGAUGGCGUACCGUUCUGCAUAAAUCCGAAUCUAACUCAACAGUCGUUCGAGAUGCCGAAGUUGAAAGAGAUUCCUGUGAAGCCAGAGUUGGACUACAAUUUCCAAUUGGAACGGCAAAUUUUGUGCACAUUGAAAUCAUCGAAAGCAGCUAGCCGAUUGUCGAAUCCGUUUUACCGUUAACGCAGUGUUCGAGCAGAUAAAUGUUCGUAAUUUCACACUGCAAAUGAAAGAAGAAGAAGAAAAAUCAGUGCCAAAAACUAGGCCAAACUCUCGAUUACGAGGUAAUUGUGUGGCCAAAGUAUCGGAACAAAAAAAAAGCAAAUUCGUUUAGUCGUGUUGUGUUUGUUCCGCAAUAUGCAGGGACAGUUAAUUCGUUUUUCUUUCGUAAUUUUAACUUUUUUCUUUUUUGUAUUUAUGACGAAUCGAACAAAAACAAAAAAAAAUUAGUUUUAGAGGUUUACUAACCAUAAUAAUCAACAUUAUAGUCAAUAUCGAAUUACUAAUAUUGACAAGAAAUGACACAACAGAGUAACAGAGAGUGAAUCAAAGUUGUUUGAUGAAACGAAGAAAUCUUUUGUAGCCCCAUCAUGAGUGGUACGAAAUUUUUAUAAAAUUUAAAUUUACAAAAAAAAAAUGAGCAAAGAACUCGUCAACACCAUAUACACCAUUCUAAUCGCAAAGUUAAAUAUUUGCCAUAAAAUCAUCAAUUCGAAUUUUAGUCAAAAUAUAUGUGUUUGUGUGGAACUCGUUCCACAUGAAUAUAUAGAAUCAUUAUUAUAUAUAAGGACGUAACACCCUAACACUAUAAUAUAAGAGUGUAUGUUGAAAGAAGAAACAAAAAUCUGUUAAAAUGUUGGCAAUCGAUUGUUGAGAGAGAAAGAGACCUUUACGUGUAGUUGGAUCUAGGAUUUAUUAUUGUAUACAAUUAUAUACUAUAUUGAUUGAUUGAUUGAUUAUAUAUUCGCAUUAUACACCCGGCAA